CAAGCACGGCUUCUUUUUGUCUUCAGUACGAGCGGUCAAGGCUCUGAUUACUGUGUCGACUCUGGUAGUUGCACGGCUCCAAAACGUUGCUCUCGCGUAGAGUCAUCCCGAAACGGAAUGCUACACGUUGCAACAACUUCCUGAUACUACACAUCUUUCGCUUUCCCUUGACUACAUCUUCCACAACCUCGAGGGAAGCUGUAGGAAGCUUUCAGGAAGCUACGUUCCGGGUUCGGCGAGAUGCGCACUCCAGCCUCUUUGCUGAGUGCAAGGGCACUCGUCGCGUUGAGCGCAUUCAGCCGCAUCGGCGCUCUUGCAGAUUCGAGCAUCAACGUUGCUCUACAGGCUGCAUUUAACCCAGCCCCUUACUUGGUCGAGCUCCUAGAAACUGCAGCGGAAGAGAACGCGACCGCAUACUUCCCCCUCCUCGAUCGCAUCUCUGAAGGCUGGCUCGACGAGCUCGACACAGAGAAGCAAUUGUACGACAAGUUCAUCGAUAUAUUACAGACAGACGGCCACAUCACUGACGCCGAGACCCUCGCCUCUUUCAACCUCGCCCUUUCUGUACGUUCGGCGGCGCCGCGCAUAGAAGCACACUACCAAUUCUACAAGACAUCGGUCGAGCCGUCUCUGGAAUCCGAACAGGGCAAGAACUGCCAGCUAUGGGUCUCUCUCAAUGGCCAACAAUACUGCACACCACACAUAGACGAUGGCGAGCCAGCAGGCAGCAUUCGAAACGAGCGCACGAACGAGUUACCAUUCGAUCGUAUCCUGGGAAACAGUUCGGCCCUGCCUACCAUUGUGUACGCCGAUAUUACCGCCCCGCGGUUUAAGAAGUUCCAUAAGACUGUGAGCAGGACUGCGAAAGAAGGGAAGACAUCCUACCGGGUCAGACAUAAACCCUCCCUGAAGGGCCCCAAGACACCGUUGGUCGUCAACGGCUACGGUGUCGCCCUACAGUUGAAGAGAACGGACUAUAUUGUCAUCGAUGAUAGACAGGCAGUACAGAGUGACACGGCAGACCAGAAACCGCUCGGGACCGAACUGGACGAACAGGCUGCAGACCUGAAGCCGCUGGCAAAAGACGAUGUGCCUGACCUCGCUGAGAAGGCUGCAAGCUUCGUGCUGCAAAGUGAUCAGCCAAUGAACACGCUUCUGAAGCUGGUACGCGAUUUUCCAAAGUACACCACGACCAUCGCUGCGACCAACGCGACCUCGAACUUCCUCACUGAGCACUACAAUAACCGCGAACUUCUCCUGACUACAGGGCACAACAUUAUCUGGAUCAACGGCGUGCAAAUCCCUGCAAGAGAUGUGAAUCCCUUUGCCCUCCUCGCCCAUCUGCGGCGAGAACGGAUGCUGAUCAACGGCAUCAGAAGCCAGGGACUGUCGGGUCCAGACGCCAUUCGACUUUUGUCACACUCCGCCAUUGCACAGGGCCAGAGUGGUGAAGAGCCUCAGCGGUACGACUUCAGGGAUGAAGCUGAAGGAGGCAAAGUCAUUGUCUGGAUGAAUGACGUCGAGAAGGACUCUCGCUAUCAGAGCUGGCCCACUGAGCUCCGAGCUCUGCUACAGAGGACGUAUCCUGGCCAGUUGCCCAACGUCCGACGCGACAUUCACAACGCGAUCUUGCCCAUCGACUUCACUGAUCCCGAUCACGUCUCCAAUGUAAUCGAGACAGUCAUUGGCCUUAUCAGACGUGGCAUUCCGUUGCGAUGGGGACUUGUACCGCAGACUCGGACCCCUAGUGCUGAGGAACAAGCAAAGGUGGUAUACUACCUGCAGCACACGUACGGUCUCUCUUCGGCUACCAAGUACCUAUUGACAGCGAUGGAUACAAAGAAACUGGCGGGACCAGAUAAGGCUAGCUUCGAAAUCGCCAUUAAGACGGCCACACUCCGGAAGGACCGUGAAACGCUCGAGUUCGAGGAGAUUCUCGCAUCGGAGACCCUUGGCGAGCGCGUUGAGAAAGCCAAGCACUACCUCGAACGCCUCGCAAUGAACAGUCCAAAUGCCCCAGCAAUCGUAAACGGCGUGCCGGUUGCGCAAGGCGACAAUUGGCUGUCAGAACUUAGUCAACGGAUCAGUGUGGAUCUUCGUCAGAUUCAGAAAGCUGUGUACGAGGGCGAUCUGAAAGAAGAUAGUUGGGUACCACAGCAGUUCCUGCUCCAGGCUGCAGCCAAGCGAAACCCGCUCAUCGUUCCAGAGAACGAGAAAGAGAUCAAACUCGUUAACAUGGCUGAGUUCGAGGAGAAGUACGGUGAGAUCUUUAUGAGAUAUCCUCGUAUCGUAGCUGCCGAGUCUGCCAAUAAGCGUGAUUGGGCACAUUUGACUGUAUUUGGUGAUUUCGACACUGAGUCCGGCCUAGCUCUGCUCAAGUCCAUGGCACAAUACCGCCAAACCAAUACGAACGUGGAAAUUGUCAUCAUGCAGAAUUCAAAUGCAGACCAGUCAGGUGUCUCCGAAGAAAUCCUGGAUGCCUUCAUCAAGAACAAACGCCAGCUUGACACCAAGACACUUCUGGAGCUCCUGGACAGGGAGGUGGCCAAGGCUCCAACGCCUCCAAGGUCUACACGUCUGCGCACACUUGCUGGGCCCCUGUAUGAGGAACUGGAGCUGAAACCUGGCCAGCUCGCUGUGCUAAUCAACGGACGCUUCGUGGGACCUAUCCCCGAGGACAAAGUCUUCUCCAGUGCAGAUAUUGAUAUGCUUGUUUCUUAUGAGGCAACUAAGCGCAUCGAACCUCUGAGCAGCGCUCUCGAGGAUCUGCAGCUGACGUCGAAGAUUGCUACACCAUUCGAUGUAGCUAAAAUCCAGUCUCUCGUAGCCCUUUCCACCGUCUCUGAUGUUCCCGAUGGUAUCUUCGAGACAGCAUCGACUCUGAGGACAAGUGCGUACAGUAAAUGGACCGCUGAGUACACUGCUAUCGUCAAGGGAACCAAGGAGAGCGCGAUCUUCCAAAUCGUUGCGUCUAUCGACCCUGCAACUGAGCAAGCACAGAGAUGGAUCCCAAUCUUGAAUACGCUCAGUGAGAUGGACGGUACCUACCUCCAGCUCUUCUUGAAUCCAAAGCAAAUGUUACAGGAGCUCCCUGUGAAGCGAUUCUACAGAUAUUUGCUCGGCUCCAAACCACGAUUCAAUGCUGAUGGAUCAGUUGAUCAUUUUAAGGCUCAGUUCAAGGGGAUCCCAAGGAAAGCUCUUCUGAACUUGGGUAUGGACGUCCCGCCAUCCUGGCUUGUUGCCCCCGAAGAGUCGAUCCAUGAUCUUGACAACAUCAAGCUGAGUUCAUUACCUGCCGAUACCGACAUUGACGCAGUCUAUGGACUGGAGAGUAUUCUCAUCGAAGGGCAUUCACGCGAUACUACCAAUGGCGGUCAGCCACCCCGCGGCGCCGAGGUCGUGCUGUCUACCGAAAAGGACCCACACUCUGCCGAUACCAUUAUCAUGGCCAAUCUUGGUUACUUCCAGUUUAAGGCAAACCCUGGAUUCUACAGCAUCCAGUUGAAGAAGGGCAAAUCACAGGAGAUCUUCUCUCUCGACAGCGCCGGAGCCAAAGGCUGGGCGGUGCAACCUAACGAUGAGUCAAAUGAGCUUGUCCUCAUGAGCUUUCAGGGUACAACUCUAUUCCCCCGACUGUCUCGUAAGCCAGGGCAAGAAGAAGCCGACAUCCUCGCAGAUGAACAAUCGGUUGUGUCUGAGCUUGCGACAAAGGGCACGGAGAAGGUGAACAAACUGCUAGGCAAGAUUGGGCUCAAUUUCAACAGCGAAAAGGUCUUCAAGAAGGGCGCUGAGCUUCUGGCUGGGGCGAAACCUGCAAAGACUCAGGCAGAUAUUAACAUCUUCUCGGUGGCGUCUGGGCACCUCUACGAACGCAUGUUGAGCAUCAUGAUGCUCUCAGUCAUGAAGCAUACUGACCAUAGCGUCAAGUUUUGGUUUAUCGAACAAUUCCUCUCGCCUUCAUUCAAGCACUUUUUGCCUCACUUGGCUGCAGAGUAUGGGUUCGAGUAUGAACUGGUGACAUACAAAUGGCCGCACUGGCUGCGGCAGCAGUCGGAAAAGCAGCGCGAGAUCUGGGGCUACAAGAUUCUUUUCCUGGACGUGCUCUUCCCUCUCGACCUCGACAAGGUCAUCUUCGUCGACGCGGAUCAGAUUGUGCGCACCGACAUGUUCGAGCUCGUGACGCACGAUUUGCAGGGAGCGCCGUAUGGGUUCACGCCAAUGGGCGACUCGCGCACAGAAAUGGAAGGGUUCCGGUUCUGGAAGACAGGCUACUGGGCCAACUUUCUCCGCGGCAAGCCGUACCACAUCUCGGCGCUGUACGUGGUCGACCUGAACCGGUUCCGCAAGAUGGCGGCCGGUGACCGGCUGCGGCAACAAUACCACAGCCUGUCGGCCGACCCGAACAGUCUGAGCAACCUCGAUCAGGAUCUGCCCAACAACAUGCAGUUCAACCUUCCGAUCCAUUCGCUGCCACAGGAGUGGCUGUGGUGCGAGACGUGGUGCGCGGACGCGGACCUGGCGACGGCUAAGACGAUCGAUUUGUGCAACAAUCCGCAGACGAAAGAACCCAAGCUGGACCGGGCGAAGCGACAGAUCCCCGAGUGGACGGUGUACGACGACGAGAUUGCAGGGCUGGCCCAGCGUACGCGGGGCGAGGAGAAGCAGGGCGAGGUUGUGGACGUGCAGGCUGAAGAGCAGGUGAGGGAGAAGCGGGAGAAGGACGAGGAGAGGACGCGGGAUGAGUUGUAGAUGCAAAUGCAGGAGGGAGUUUGUCAUGGACGUUUCAUACGUCAGAUGUAUAGUGACCGGGUAGACAUAGACAUGGAUAUGCGGCAUCGAUUGAUUGCCGUCCUAACGACGUGCUUGUGUUGAGGUAUCUACGCAGGCCAAGCACUGAAAAUCAACAAAAUGCAGGCAACGGAGCCCAGAGCACCGCUUUCAUUUC